UUUGUGUAUAAACAGGUAUAUCAGCAUGUUUUGUUUAAAUAACAAAAAUAGACAAGGUGAAAUAUGAAUCAGGAACUUAACUCAAUUCUAAAAGAAUGUUCAACUGAAGCAAGGGAGUUGUAUCUUCCAAGUAUUGUUGAGAGAUAUGACGGUGCACCCUCUGCUUUGGAGUUUCACAGAAAAUGGGUUUCUAGGAAUAUUCCUUGUUUGUUUCAGAAUGCGAUAAAUCAUUGGCCAGCUUUAGAAAAAUGGGAAUGUCCUUAUUUAGCUGAAAAGUUGGGAGACAAAGUUAUACAAGUGGCUGUAACUCCGGAUGGUUACGCUGAUGCUGUUCGACACGAAAAGUUUAUGUUGCCAAUGGAGGAAUCAAUGACUUUUGCCUCGUUUAUUGAAAAAUUAUUCGAUAAAACCUCAAGUGAUGCUUAUUAUAUACAAAAACAAAACUCUAAUUUAACAAUUGACUUUCCUGAGUUGUUGUGUGAUGUUGAUAGUGACUUUGCAUGGGCUAACGAGGCUUUCAAUUGUAAACCGGACGCUGUGAAUUUUUGGAUGGGGGAGAAAAAAGCAGUGACAUCUUUACAUAAAGAUCAUUAUGAAAACCUUUAUUGUGUUAUCAAGGGUGAAAAAACGUUUACUCUAAUUCCACCUUCUGACCGACCUUUCAUACCCUACAAGACCUACCCAUGUUAUAAACACUUCUUUGAUAAGGUAUGGAAAAUUAGAAAAGUGUGUAAUUUACAAAAUGUGCCUUGGAUUCCAAUAGACCCUUUGAAACCUGAUUUAAAGAGAUAUCCGAAGUAUUCUCAUGCACGCCCAAUCACUUGUAAUGUUAAAGCAGGUGAAGUGUUAUACCUUCCUUCACUUUGGUUUCAUCACGUACAGCAAGCAGAUGCAACUAUAGCUGUAAACUAUUGGUAUGACAUGGACUUCGACAUCAAAUACAUGUAUUUUCAAACUCUGGAUAAACUGACACAGCACAAUCAUCUGUGAACAAAUAUUGAAAGGACAAAGUGGUAUUUUUGGAAGUGUUUUUUUACUUUUUUUUUUAAUGUGUUUCUCCAUAUACAUCAAAGGGAUUCAUUAUUUGUGCAGCAGACACUCAAAAUCUGAGUGCUUUAACUGUUAUUAGCAUCAGCCCAACCCUAUAAUAUUCCAUUGUCUCUGUUUGCCAAAGCCUACCCUCAUUAUUUGGCUUUUUGUUCAAAUACAGUUGUUUAUUUAUGGUUGACCGAUGCUUAAGGUGCUAUUCUGAAUCAAAACACCUUUGUUUUGCAG